AUGACUUCCUCACCCGCCCCAACAAAUCACAUCGCCCACACCCUCCUCGCCCGCGCACAUUCCCCCGAUACAGCCACCCAACAAUUCACCGAGCGCAUCAAACAGAAACCACUCUUCCUCCGCCCAACAUCCCCCUCCGCAGCCGACAACCGCUCCCGCCGACGCCAUCAACGCCUCCGCAAGAAAGAGUACUUCCUCAAACACCAGCGCCCGCAGCCCCUGUCCGCGCGCAAGAAGCGCUCCUCGGGCCUGUACGAUCUACCCAAGGAGGAAUGCAAACACGCCAUUUUCAAGGGGCUGCAUGCGCUCUGGGUUGGCUAUAUGCAGGAGAUACUGGACCUUAAGGUCGGCGGGCGGAGUGGUCUGGUUACUCCUGCGUCGCAUGGGGCGAAGCUGGUUAGCGCGGAUUAUCAUGGUGCGGAGGUGGAGGUUGUGAGGAGUCAGUGUGCGAGUCGGGUGGGUGUUAAGGGGAUUGUGGUGCGGGAUACGAAGUUUACGUUUGUGGUUGUUACGGAGAAAGAUGAAGUGAAGAGUGAGUUAUACGGAUGUCUAGAUGAUGACUCAAUUCAGAAUGUCGAAGCUGACAUUGUGAUUUCAGCGAUACCGAAGGAACAUACUGUCUUCCGAUUUACAGUACCUCUACCAAGUCUUGCAGAAGCUGAAGCCGAGGGCAAAGUAGAUCCCCAAGAAAAAUCUACUGCGGAAAACCCCAAACCACUGGUUUUUGAGCUACAUGGAAGCCAGUUCGAGAACCGACCCGUUGAUCGAGCGAAUAAGAAGUUCAAGUGGAGGAAUAUCGACUAUGUAUAG